UUAAAGUAAACAGUAGUUUCACACCCCAAACAUUCUUCUUUCUUUUCAUUUCCAUUAGUUCUUCGAACAACACGUUUUAAAAUGGGGAAAGUGAAGUGUUCGGAAUUGCGACAAAAGGAUAAAAAGGAGCUGACCAAGCAGCUCGAAGACUUGAAGCAAGAACUUCUUGGACUUCGUGUUGCCAAAGUCACUGGUGGAGCUCCUUCAAAGCUUUCAAAAAUCCGUGUAGUCCGUAAAGCAAUUGCUCGUGUCUACAUUGUUAUGAACCAGAAGACAAAGGAUAAUCUUCGUAAAUUAUACAAGGGCAAAAAGUACAAGCCUUUAGACUUGCGACCAAAAAAGACUCGCGCAAUGAGAAGAGCACUCAGUGAACGUGAUGCCAGCAGACUUACAAAGAAGGAAGUUCGUAAACGUUCAGUCUAUCCAGUCCGCAAAUAUGCUGUAAAAGCAUAAGUAUGAUUUUUAUGAAUGGAAUUUAAGAAUAAAGAUCAACAUUCUG